AUGUCUGGCUCUGACUCUCCCAUUACUGCAGGCCGCCACAACGACUUCGUCGGCGGCGAUGCCAGCAAAGGCAGAAUCCCCGGUGCCGACAAGGCUACCACCGGUCACCACUUUGUUGCGGUGGACCCCAUGGGAGGUGAGGCGCAAGAGCACCUGCCUCGCCCCACCGGUCGUGACGCACCUCCCGCAGGAGGCGUCGCACCCGGAACCCGUACUGGCGUACGUCACCGACCCCCCUCAUCCCAAACCACGCGCACUAACCCAACCUCGUCAGACCUCGAAUCCGACAUCCUAAAUGCACACACCUCGAGCGGCCGACGCUCGCCCUCCCCGCCGCGCCGCAUCCACGGCUUCGACCAGCCCCUCGCGCCCGCGCCCGACUCGCGCACGGUCGUCGACCGCGAUCCGUGGGCGGCCCCGACCACUGCCGGGGACACGCUCACGGGCGCGACGUCGCAGGACGUGCACGGGGGCCUGGGCCACCCUGGGGCGGGCAUGAGCAGCGCGGAGAUGCACCAUGAUGGGAGCGCGCACCGGAAGCGGCAGAUGCGCGGGACGGAGCAGUUUGGGGCGGGGGAGAUCCCGAGGGAGGAGCUCUGA